AUGCUGCUUUCACGGAGCUUUCGCUGUGCUCUGGUAGCAGCGCUGCUGCUGCACCUCUCUCUCUACUGCUCUCUUGCCCAACACUCACCCUCUCUGCCGAGCACGGCAGGCAGGCAACUCGCCGCUGCCAAGCAACAGCCGCAAGCGCCGGGCGGGGUGACGAGCACGAGCCUCGUUCUUCUGCCCAACAACCCGCUUGGCGCGAAAUGCCUCGACGGCAGUCCCCCGGGGUACUACUUCCGCCCGGGCUUUGGCGCGGGGAAGCGCUUCUGGCACAUAUUCCUGCCCGCGGGGGGGUGGUGCACCACGCUCGCGGACUGCGCCCUGCGCGGCACUCGUCCGCUUGGCUCCACGCGCUACUGGGCUCGCCUCAACGGCUCUGUCCCCCCGUCCGCCUCAGUCCCGACCCCCCCGUCACCUCCCUCUACCACCCAGUCGCGUCCCCCUUUCCUCUUCCCCACGCCGUCGCCCCCGUCGUCGUCGUUAGACGACAGUGACGACUCGCAGAGCGCGUCCCCGCUGCGCGCCGUGCCAGGGUUCAGCGGCAUGCUGAGCAGCAGCGAGGCGGUGAACCCGGGGCUGUUCAACUGGAACCUCGCCAUGCCCAUCUACUGCGACGGCGGCGGGUACGCUGGCACGGCUGGCCGCGUGCACCUGCCAGGGAAAGGAAACAACUCCAUUUACCUCGAUGGCUUCAAUGUUACACGGACCAUUCUCGCAGAUCUCCUGGCAGUGCGUGGGUUGGCGUCUGCACGGCGUGUGCUGGUGGCAGGAGCAUCAGCGGGAGGGCAGGCUGUGACAGCGUGGUGCGAGCGAGUGGCGGCCAUGGUGCCCGGCGCCGUCACCAAGUGCCUCGUGGACUCGGGAGUAUUCCUGG